AUGGUUUAGCAAUAAAUUAAAAAAUAAUCUGUUAUAAAUGUAUUUUUUGCUAAUUUUAUAAAUACACUUAAUUUUUACAAGAAAAAAUACCUCUUUUUUUUUGGAUUAGAUACCUUGAUAAAAAAAUAGUCAUCUAACCUUUUAUCAAAUCCAAAAUAUAUUAAUGAUUAGAAGUUUAAGUAUUAAUUGAAAGUUAUUCAUCCUUUAAAAGUAAUCAUCAUUAUUUUUGGUAGAAAAUUGGGCUCAAUCUUUUUUUUAUUUUGAUUAUCUAAAUAAAGGGGAAAAACCAUUUUCAUAAAAAAAUAUCUGAGCAUGAUAAAUAUGUAGUUGUAUUAUUCAUAAAUAAAGAUGGUUUAAAAGUGAUAUCAGCAAGAAAGGUUAAAUCAUUUUUAUUAUGGCACCAAAUUCUUAAUCAGGGGUGGAGGAUUCAAAGUGCGCUUGGAUAGUUAAAUAAAAAUCUAGGUUGAAACACAUGGGCAUCGUAUGUGUUUUAUAAAUAGCUAUUUCUUCACUUUUUAAUCUUAAGGAGAAUCUAAAUUGAAUUACUACAUUAUUUAAAUGAAUCAUUUUUAAAUAAAAGAAUAUCAAAUUAAAAUCUAUCUUAAAGAUUGCGCUUAUUUUUCCCUCAUUUGUAUAACAGUUAAAAGAAAAUACUAUUUAAUAAAUGCAAAAACACUUUAAAUAAUUUACCACAUUAGGGAGUUAUAUAGGGAUGAUUAGCCCAAAAAUUAUGAAUAACCAAUCAGUCAUCUUUUUAAACGAAACCAAGAAUAUAAGGAAAAGUGA